CCGCAGGUGCUGUGGAACUUCUCUUCUCUCUCUCUUUCUCUCUCUAAAUCUUUGAUUCUCUCUCUAGGCCACGCAAACAUGAUAGACCCAGAAGGAAGCAGGGAGGAGAACGUGUACAUGGCGAAAUUAGCAGAAGAGGCUGAGCGCUACGACGACAUGCUCACCUACAUCAACAAGGUGCUGGCCAUCGCCGCCGAUCCACAACAGCCUGAGCUGAGCACUGAGGAGCGGGGCCUUCUCUCUCUUGCCUACAAUAACAUCUUCGAGGCUCGUCGUAUCUCAUGGUGCAUCGUCUCCUCUAUGGAGCACUUCGAUGGAGUGGCUGCCAUUGAUCACUUGCCCACGAUUUCAGCAUAUCGCACCCGCAUUGAGUCCGAGAUUGAGGCCAUCUGUGAAUCCAUUCUGCCGCUCAUCGAUUCACGCCUCAUCUCCUCGGCCACCUCACGCGAGGCCAAGGCCUUCUAUCUCCAGAUGAAGGGCGACUAUAAUCGCUACAUCGCUGAGAUCAAGACUGGCGAGCAAUGGCUGGAGGUGACCGAGGCCACCAACAGUGCCUACAAAGAAGCCACUGAAAUUGUGGAAGCGGAUCUCAGCCCUGCUCACCCCACUCGCCUCGCCCUAGCCAUCAGCUUCUCUGUUUUCUUGUACGAGAUCCCCGACUGCCCUCACCGCGCCUGCAAAUUGGCCAAACAGGCGUUUGAUGAUGCAGCGACGGCAUUGGAUACUUUGGGGAAGGGACAGUGCAAGAAAAGCAGAAAUAUGAUGAAACUUCUUGAAGGCAACCUCUCGAAGUGGACCUCAGAUAUGAAGGAAGAUAGGUCAGGUCAAGUGAAGGAGUCGGCACCCAUUCCAGGAAGAUAGGUCAGCUCAAGUGAAGGAAUCUGCACCCAUUCCAGACACCAAGCUGUAGCCAAAUACUCUCUUCUCCAAUCUCUCUUUCUGUUAGAGUAGUUUGUGGAUAACUCUUUGGUUUUUCUCUUUCUCUUUCUUUUAGAGUAGUUGUGUGGAUAACUCUUUGGUUUUUCUUUUCUUUUUUGCGGUCUCUGAUGUUCACUUUUAAACUACUAUUUAUUCUGAUCCCAUUGACGGUUUUUCAUAUCAAUGGUGUUGUGAUCAGGUUUUAAUUCAAUUCGAAGUUGUUUCAUAUAU